AAAUAUAGACGUUUCGUGAAUAUGAAUUGUGAUUGUUUGUACUUUGUAAUUAAAAUAAUAGUAUUGGACUAAGUUUAAAUUAAGCAUAGAAAAUAAACAUUUUUACAUAAGACAUUAGAUGUUUUGAUUUUAAUAUUAUAAAAUUAUUUUAUUUUAUUCAGAAGCAUUCAAGAAUACAAAAUGUCUGAUACAAGUGAUCUCGAUCGACAAAUUGAGCAAUUGAAAAGAUGUGAAAUAAUAAUGGAGGGCGAGGUUAAAGCACUGUGUGCGAAGGCCCGCGAAAUACUUGUAGAAGAAAGCAAUGUUCAACGAGUAGAUUCUCCAGUCACGGUGUGUGGUGAUAUUCACGGUCAAUUCUAUGACCUGAAGGAAUUAUUCAAAGUUGGCGGUGAUGUACCUGAGACAAAUUAUUUAUUUAUGGGAGAUUUUGUUGACAGAGGAUUCUAUUCUGUAGAGACAUUUUUAUUACUUCUCGCAUUGAAGGUUCGAUACCCAGAUCGCAUUACAUUAAUUAGAGGUAACCAUGAGUCAAGACAGAUCACACAAGUGUAUGGGUUUUAUGAUGAAUGCUUAAGAAAAUAUGGUUCCAUUACUGUUUGGAGGUACUGCACAGAAAUAUUCGACUACCUGUCAUUGUCAGCUAUAAUAGACGGCAGGAUAUUCUGCGUGCACGGCGGUCUGAGUCCAUCCAUACAGACGUUGGACCAGAUUCGCACUAUCGACCGCAAGCAGGAGGUGCCACAUGAUGGACCUAUGUGCGAUCUGUUGUGGAGUGACCCUGAAGAUACCCAAGGCUGGGGUGUAUCACCACGAGGCGCGGGUUACCUCUUCGGCUCAGACGUGGUAGCCCAAUUCAACGUAUCCAACGACAUCGACAUGAUAUGCCGCGCGCAUCAACUUGUCAUGGAGGGGUAUAAGUGGCACUUUAACGAGACGGUGCUCACCGUGUGGUCUGCGCCUAAUUAUUGUUAUAGAUGUGGUAACGUAGCAGCAAUCUUAGAACUGAACGAGAAUCUCCAACGCGAGUUCACGAUAUUCGAAGCGGCACCCCAAGAGUCCCGAGGCGUGCCCUCCAAGAAGCCGCAACCGGACUACUUCUUAUAAUGUCUCCUACAGUAACAUUGUAAUAGUGAACGUUUAAGUAAUGCUGGUACUUCAAAUGUAUAGCUGGAGAUGUAAGUAAUUGUUGUUGAUUAAUGUUUUACUAGCUGGGUACCGCGGUUUUACCCGCAUUACUCUGUUCCUCUGUAUUAGCAAUGAUAUAAUAUAGCAUUCCUUGAUAAAUGUACUAUCUAACAGUGAGAUAAUUUUUUAAAUCGGGCCCAUAGUUCCUGACAUUCUCAAAGCAAAUUAAACUCUUCAGUUUUAUUAUAUAGGAACACUUUUAAAUGAUAAAAGGAAGGAGUUUAGUUGAAGCUUUAUAGUAUUAAUAACUUUGCAGGCAAAUUAUUAUUAUAUUUAUGUAAUUCUUCAUUUUUUUAUAUUUAGAAGCUCAUCUCUUUCUUAUUAAAGUGAUUGAAGAAUAAUAAUUGUUAUUACAAUCUUCAGCUAUACAUUUGUAAGUAUGUAUUAACUUUCUGAUUGUCUUUGUGUUAGUGACAAAACAUUUUAAUGUGGAAUUGUUUUGUGAUGUUAAGACUGCCAAGUGUAACAGUUUAAGCUAUGAGUGACUAAAGUACAUUGCGUGACCCUUUUGUUAGCAAAUUGUUUGUGUGCGAGUUAUCGUACUAGGUUUUAUAUAUUCAGUGUGUAUCGUAAUGACGAAAGUUGAAUGAUAGAAUAAGUGACGAAACUUAAAAUUAGUUUACUAUAGCUUGACCGCAGUGGCUGUAGGGUGGGUGUGUAUGUGCGGUGAGGCGGGGAGGGGGUAAGAAAGAGCACGAGUUAUGAGUUAGAAAGAAACGGAAUGUCCGGUAUUCUCCCCCGCCUCGCCGCGCAAGUAUCUAUACAGCCCUACAGCCACUGCGGUCAAGCUAUAGUAAUAUGAUGUGGUUUAUAGAAAAUUGUAUGGUUUUGUUCAUAUGUAGUUCAAGCUAAUCAGUUUUUUGCAUUAGUGGGAAAAUGUUGGCAGGUUUUUGAAUUGUUGAAUGUAAAACGAAACAAGGUUAUUUAGAAAGAGGAAUCACUAUAAAAAGUAGGAUAAUGGUACUUAACUAGUAAGAAUUAUCGUUAAUCCUGUCAUAACAACUUCCUAUAUUUAUAAUUUUGCUACAUAAAAUCUUUUCGGAUCCCCUUUCUAAUUAAUUAACCUUGUUUUCUUCAGUCAUUAUAUUAUUACAUCUGAUCAUUCAUAUUUCUUUCCGAAUAUGUUAUUCUAUGCUGUGAUUUAUGUGUUAUUUUAUAGAAUAAAAAACCAUUUUUAAAAGAACAGAGGAUUACUGUAUAAUUUUUAUAACCAUAAAACACUUCUAUCGUUCAACUUUUCUGAUUAUUGUAUUAAUUUAUUUCAAUUACCUUACAACUAUAUAAAUAAUUUGCUAGGUAUCUCAUUAUUUUACGAAAAAAAAAUACUAAUUUGUUUAUUCUGUUAGAACUUGACUGUAAUCGAUUUAAUUAUAACCAAGUUCUAACUUAUUGAAAUGUGAAAUAUGUUUAAUACAAAUCGAAAAUUCCGUACUAACACCAUACUAACACUGAACUUGCAAAUAUUUAGCAUAAAAAUGCAGUAUGUGAUAAAACACUGCCAGAUGCUCCGUAAACUAAAAUAGUUGGUAAUGUCUAGUUCCUAGUGUAUGUUGUGUAUUGUGGGUGAAUAUUUAGAUUUAAUCGAGAAAACUUGAAGCUAUUCAUUUCAUAUAUUUUUCUUCAUUAUUUACUGUAUCGAACAAAUUCAUUGAUGUAAAAUAUCAUACAUAUAUCUAUGUAUGUAUGUAGUAAUCGCUGACAUUAACAUAAAUAAUAAAUCACUUGAUUGUCAAGUUUGUGAAUAUAAUCGUAAAUUUUAAAUUAACUGCAUUGAUUUGAAAAAUGAUUUUUUUGUAAGAAUUUUUUGACAUGGCGAUUAAACUGUGCCUAAUUAUUAUUAGCAACCCACAUAUAAUAAUAUGCGAAAUAGAUUUUUAAAUAUACCACAUUUACAUUUCAACUUGCAACUCUUAAUUAGAAUUUAACUACUACGAGACCAAUCAAUCCAAAUAUAGGUUACUUCGAUUGCUGUUGAAAUUUGAGAUUUAAGCACUAGUAAAUAUAGUUCAAAUGACUUUGUAGGUUAAGGUUACCUUUUCAUUAAUUUAAAAUGUAACAAUUAGUUUUCUAUCUCUCGAAACUUGAUAGAGUAAACUUUUCUGAAUUAAGUCGUGUCAUUGUUUUUAGGAAGCGUAGUAGUUGUUUGGAUAAGCGUUAAUAAUAUUUAAGACUUUCUCAAUAAAUUAAUAUUAUUUGAAAGGGAUGUGACUAGAAAAGUAUUUGGAAUAACUAUGUUUUACUUGAUUCAUGAAUGAAAUAGGAAUAUAAAUCUAGCUAUCUCACUCA